CCACAGUAGUGCUCGCUUGCUGCGUUUUGGGUUGGAGGAACAAGACAAAUGCAGGGCGCGCUUGCUCUCAACAGCGGGCUGGGCAAAUGCCUGCCAGCCCAGCGCACUCGGCAGGCACCGAUUGUGCCUUUCGCAUUCAAGGCCGGCCCUCUGGUCGCGGCUCGGCGCCCGGCCAUCGCUCGGUCUCCGGUCUCCACUGGCGCGGUGGGCGUGUCCCAGGCGUCCAUCGUUGCUGAUGCCGCCUCCAGCGUCGUGGCUCCGCUGCCCCAUGAGCUGUUUGUGCUCGGAGAGGGUCUGGAGACUCCCAUCCAGCUUAUCUACCUGCUGACCCUGCUGGGUUUCCUGUCGGUCGGUGCCUACCUGGUCGUGCGCCAAGUGCUCAUUCGGCGAGAGCUGGACGAGGGCGCGAAGGGCCUGGGCGAGCGCAUCCGCACAGGGGAGGCGACAUGCGAGGACUACUACGAGCUGGGUGUGGUGCUGACCCGCAAGAAGCUGUUCACCCAGGCCACUAAGAACCUGGAGAAGGCCAAGAAGGUGUGGGACGGCGAGGAGAGCGAGCUGGCGCAGGUGCACAACGCACUGGGCUUCUGCUACUUCAACAUGGAGAAGACCGACAUGGCCAUUGAGGAGUACCGCCUGGCUGUGGCGCUGCAGCCCGGAUACGUGACCGCCUGGAACAACCUGGGUGACGCACUGGAGAAGGAGCGCCGCUGGCCUGAGGCGCUGCAGGCCUACCAGGAGGCGCUUACGUACGCGCCCAACAACCGCAUCGCCCGCCAGCGGUGCGACUACUGCAAGGAGAAGGUCAGCCGCCUCACAGUCUGAGAGGGCGGUCCCGCUGCGGCGUGGAGCCGCGCCUGUUGCGUGGAUCUUCGCCUAGUGCAUGAAGAAGCUGGAGAGCUGGAGCGCUAGAGGGCUGGAGCUGGGACCUGGUGGGACCUGAUGGCGUGGCCGUGCAUUCUGAGGCGCGCCGUGUGAGCGGAUGCAGCUAAUGCCUGGGCAGUGCGCCUGGAGGUGUUGCUGUCGGAGAUCCUGGGCCAUGCUGCUGCGGGAGGCUGCGUAGCUAGUUGGCUUGCUAGCCAUCGCGCACGGGCAGCUUGAAGGCGAGCGUGACGUUGUCGUCGUAUACGUCGUCCUUGUGCGGGUCGCGGAACACGUGCAGCACGUGCACGUGGCCGCCGCCCUGGCCGAUGCCUGCGUGCAGGAGUGAGGCGGGGGCGGGGCCCGGAGGCCGGGGCGGGGGGCGUGUCGGUUAGCGGGCAAGGCAGGUGGAGCACAGUGACGACGGCGCGCGGGUUUCGGGGUGGGGGUUUGAGGACAAGAUAAGUGGAACAAGCAUCGGCGCCAAUUUUAGGGAAAAGCGCUGGCGAUGAGCGUGGUGGUGCUAGGGAGUGUCAGAAGCGCCUUAAACCAGGGCGCGAGAAUGACACGAGCACGUAUGGGACCUGCAACUGUGCAUGGCAGCUCCCGAGAGCCUAUCGCGAGUGUCCUCGAGAGACCUGGCCCGUGAGGGGCUGAAGAGCAUAGAUUGUCAUAUAGCAACCAAGCGGAUGGGAGCUGUCAAGA